UUGUUAUUAUUAAUUAAUUAGAUUAACUUCAAAUGUUUAACACCUCGAUUAUCUUUUAGUGUACAUAAUGUUUGCACGAUUUCUUCCUAAGAAUUUCAAACAACUGACUAGGCAGAUUGUGUAUGUGCCAAAACAUAAGCCACCCGAGCCAAAAGAUGUUGAAAUACUCCGAGAAUUUAUCAGCAGGCAUCAAAAAAUAUUAAUUCUGACUGGAGCGGGUAUUUCUACAGAAUCUGGAAUACCUGAUUAUAGAUCGGAAGAGGUAGGAUUAUACGCUCGCAGUAACCACAAGCCUGUUCAAUACCAGGAAUUCGUGAAGUAUCCAAAAGUGAGGCAGAGAUACUGGGCUAGAAAUUUUGUUGGUUGGCCCCGGUUUAGUGGUGUACAACCAAACGAUUCACACUUAUCCAUCAAUCAUUUAGAAAAGGCAGGUAAAGUGACAGCAAUUGUGACUCAGAAUGUUGACCGUCUGCAUCAGAAAGCUGGUUCAAAGAAUGUCAUUGAGCUCCAUGGUUCUGGGUACAUAGUGAAAUGUUUGAGCUGCCCAUAUGAGAUUGAUAGGAAUGACCUGCAAGAGGUGUUAAUGAAAAACAAUCCAGCCAUGGAGAGCAGUUUCACUAUGAUAAGGCCUGAUGGUGAUGUUGAGUUAUCUAAAGAACAGGUAGAUCAAUUUAGAGCUCCCCUGUGCCCCAAGUGUGAAGGGCCUCUGAAGCCAGACAUCGUUUUCUUUGGAGAUAAUGUCCCAAAGCAAAGAGUGGAAGAAGUGAGGAAUCAGGUUUCCAGCAGUGAUGCUGUAUUAGUUGUUGGUUCCACCUUGACAGUCUACUCAAGUUAUAGGAUAAUUCUACAGGCUAAAGAAGCUAAAAAAGAAGUAGCUUUAUUAAAUAUAGGACCUACUAGAGCAGAUGAUAUUGUAGACAUCAAAGUAUCCACCAAGUGUGGGGAUAUAUUACCUCAUUUAUGUACAAUAUAAGUAAAGGCGAUUUUGGUUAGGUAGCUAAUUUAACUAGGGAACAAAUCAAAUUAUUUUUAUAAAAUAUUUUGAUUUGUGUUAAGUAGUCACACUACAAUAUAUAUAAAUUAUAAACUGAAAUAGAUAUUAUAUACUCUAAAGAAAAAGUAACCAAGUCCAGGCUGGUAUGGUGAUGAGUGUGUUAUUGCUGCCUACCUCACCUCAUUAUGUUUCUAAAAUUCAUUGUUUUUUGAAACUACAUGUUUUUCUAAAAUAUAGUUUCAAAUAAAACCCAUUUUUGGCAUUUCAUUUUAAUAUUGAUAAAAAUAAGAGGUAAGAAUACAGAACUGAUUUACACGAGUGGAUAGUCCUGGGAACUGAAAAUGUACUUGUUCAGUCAAUACUACAAUCAGCAUCAAAUACAUGUAUCUGUCUGUUUAUCGUGUCUAAGUAACAUAAUUGAAUCAAUUCAAAUAACACAGUACAUGAUGCUAACUACCAUUCAUAACAACACUUUCAGUGCCAACAACCCACUAGUUGGGUUCAUUUUGUAUUGGAAAUGGGGUGCUAGGCACUGAAAGUGUUAAACAUUGAGCAGGAAUAAAUAAGAUAAUAGUGAUAAUACCUAAAUCAUUUCCUACUAGGCCUGUCAUUAUCUAUAGGAACCACAAUAAUCAUAGGAAGGAUUUAGAAGAGAUUGGUACUAGACAAUGAGUGAUAAUCGGAAUUACUUUGAGAUCACUAUCAUAGCUAUAAAGUUAAACAUCAGAAUAUAAUAUACCAAUUGCUAUUACUAUUGUAUAUGUAUAAUUAUUUCAAAUCUACGUUAAAAAUACGGCAGUGCUCAAGUGAAAACGUAUGACUCUGUUAGCACAAUAGAACCUACCUAAUAAGUAUUAACCACUUAAAUUACAUCAAUGAAAUCCUUAAUUUACUCUUUUUUUCUCAUCACAAAUGCGCGUUACACCUUCAAUAAGUCCGAGAAGGUGUGAACAUAAUCAAAAAUAAUAUUAGUACACUUAAGACAAUGUUACAUUCGCAUUGGAUCAAAUUGAUACUUGUACAUUGGGAAUACGCAAAAUGAAGGUCUCAUUUUACAUACCAGUUUAAAUUUUAACAUCUUGGUGUCUAAAAAUUUUAUCACAUUGGUAUUUUAUUAAUUAGUCUUCAUGGGAAGCAAGUACACCAGCUAAGCACUUGGGCAAAAAAUAUUAAAGUAGGUAUGCCAUUUUAAUUGUUGACCAAUCUUUUGUGCCAUCAGAAACCAUCUUGGAGAUACAAUACUAUCCUAAUAGAGUUAGACCAAGAUAACUGCAACGAUUUUGACAGCACAGACUGUGAAAAUGUUAUUUAUACGUCAAAUUUCAUAGAAAACGUUUAAAAUAACACUUGCACAGUCUGGGCUAUCAAGUCGCUACAGACUUAUUUUGGACUAACCCUAUCUCACACUCCCGCGUAGCGUUCAAUGCUUCAUAUGCAUAGUUUUGAAUUAAUCCAUCACAAGUUGUUUAGCACACAUUCAUUCAUUCACAUUCAUUUCAUCAGCAAUGUCAAUUGUACAUUUGGAUUGGAUAAUGGAUAAACAUAAUGACACCCCACACUAGCGUGUCCCGAGCGUCUACUCAACUCCUGCUCGAUUCAACGUUGGCGCAACUGCGCAGCGACGCCAUUUUCCAUAGCGCUGCCUAGACGCCGGCCGUCGCUCAAAAGACGCUAGUGUGGGGUUGCUCUUCGAACUGGUCUACCAUACUCAACUAGUGUCCUGUUACUUGGUUUUAUGACUUGCUACACUUACCAGUCUUAAAAUCACAAUUAAAUUAUGUCCACAUUAAAUGUUUGUCACUACAAUAAAACCGUAAUACUAGA